AUGAUGUUCGAGGUGCCAUACCUGAACUAUCUGUUCGAACUUCUACUGUUUGGGCGUCGAGAUGAUCGUGGAUUACAUGGGAAGGCUGAUCGGCUCAACCAUUUUGUGACUGCUGGGCUGUUGCUCUUCUUUUGUCUCGUCAUCUCGGCUAGACAAUAUGUCGGCUCGGCAAUGCAAUGCUGGUUCCCCCAAGAAUAUUCCGGGAGCUGGAUGGAAUAUGUUCAUGAUUAUUGUUUCAUCCAAAAUACGUACUAUGUGGCGUUUAAUGACACCAAUGUCAGUGAUGACGAGGUAAGGAUU